CGUCAGCUGACAGCCGCAGCCCUACACCGGAAGAAGAUGACUGUCAUGGCUGCCGUAUGAAUCCGCUCGGUGUCUGUGGUGAAGAUGGCGCAGUGCGUUCAGUCCGUGCAGGAGUUCCUCCAGGACUCCUUCGUCCCGAUGGUUGCCGUCCUGUGCAGCAAAGAGGCGGACAGAGUUUCCCGAAAGAACAAGCUGAGCUUCCCGGAGCUGUUGCGGCCUUUCUGCAGGCUUCUCUCCGAAGGUCACAUCAGGGAUCCCAACAACCAGCUGCAGACUGUGAAAAACCUGCGCAUCUGUGUCAAUGCGGUGAAUACAAACCCAGUUUCAUCACCUGCUGUUCUUAGCCCAGCCCAGUACCGGCAGCUCGGGGAGGUGGUGUCAUCCUGCCAGCCACUGGAGGGGGCCGCAGCCACCACCUUUAAAACUGGAGACUACAACCUGAACUUGAGUGUUACCACUCCAUGGUUCGAGGCCUACAGGGAGAGCUUCCUACAGUCCAUGCCUGCUUCUGAGCACGAGUUCCUCAAUCACUAUCUAGCCUGUCUGCUGGUGGUGUCCUCCACCGAGGCCGUCCCCGUGGAGCAGUUCCUCAAGCUUUCCCAGGAGCAGCACAGAAUCCAGCACAGUGGAGAAUACACUCACCCCAGAUGGUUCAUCCCCAACACUCUGAAGUACUACGUCCUGCUGCACGACGUGAGCGAGGGCGAUGAACAGAGGGCUGAAACGGUUUAUGAGGACAUGAAGCAGAGGUAUGGCCCUCAAGGGUGCUACCUGCUUAAGAUCAAUUCGCGUGCUGUUUCCGCCGAAGAGGACGAACAGAUUCCAGAUCCCUGGAGUCAAUACCUGCACAAGAACAACCUACGCUACCAGGAUCCAGGUGAUGCAGCUCCAGCUGCUGAGAAAGGGGGCGGUGCUUCUGACGAACAGGGUGGGUCCCUCGCACAAACAGGUGACAGUGAGUCCAGCUGCCUGAACAGCCAUCCUCUGCAGCUUGAGGCAGACAGCAGCUCCACAAGUCUCAACGAGGCAGAGAUGAAGCAAGUGAAACCUGACGCGGAUGGCGUGGCGCCGGUGGCAGUGGGGCAUGGAUCAUGCCUUACGUUGAAUGACCAUGACCGUAUCAGACAGUUUGUCCAGGAGUUCACCUUCAGGGGUCUGCUGCCACACAUCGAGAAGAACAUCAGACAGCUUAACGACCAGCUGGUUUCCAGGAAAGGCCUGAGUCGUUCCCUUUUUACCGCCACCAAGAAGUGGUUUGGGGGGGGUAAAGCUCCAGAAAAGAGCAUGAGUGAGCCCAAGAGCGCCUGCGGCCUCCUGUAUCCCCCCGAGGCGCCUGAGCUGCAGAUCAGGAAGAUGGCAGAUCUGUGUUUCCUGGUGCAGCAUUACGAGCUGGCCUACAGCUGCUACCACACCGCCAAGAAGGACUUCCUGUCAGACCAGGCCCUGCUGUACGCCGCGGGAGCGCUGGAAAUGGCAGCAGUUUCAGCCUUCCUGCAGGGUGGGGGGGCCCGACCGUACCCCGCCCACUACAUGGACACUGCAAUCCAGAAGUACAGAGACGACUGCAGGAACAUGGUUCUGGCCGAGCGCUGCGCUUUACUGAGUGCCGAGAUCCUCAAGAAUCAGGGAAAGUACUCUGAGGCUGCCACGCUCCUCAUCAAGAUGACCAGUGAGGACUCGGACCUGCGCAGUGCCCUGCUGCUGGAGCAGGCCGCCCACUGUUUCAUCAACAUGCGCAGCCCCAUGGUGCGGAAGUUUGCCUUCCACAUGAUCCUCGCCGGUCACCGCUUCAGCAAGGCAGGCCAGAGGAAACAUGCGCUGCGGUGUUACUCUCAGGCCAUGCAGGUCUAUAAGGACAGAGGCUGGUCUUUAGCAGAAGAUCACAUCAAUUUCACCAUUGGCCGCCAGUCCUUCACCCUCGGCCAACCAGAGAGUGCAGUGACGGCCUUCAGGCAGAUCCUAAACGACGACAGCAGGCAGACGGCCACGCAGCAGGCGGCUUUCCUCCGAGAAUACCUCUAUGUCCACAAGAGCGUGAUGGGAGAUCAGGUGAAGAGUCUUCCCCAGCUCCCGCUGCCAUGCAUCCUCAGUGCUGCCACCAGGGUCUACUUCGGACACGAACCUCGCCUCGCUCAAGGAGAGAAGCAGGCGGCCACUCACGUGUCUCUGGAUCAGGAGUACGACCCGGAGCUGUCGGCCAUGUGGAGCCGUCUGGAGGAGCAGGUCGUAGCUGCUGCUAACCGAGGCGUCGUGCCCAUUGGCUUCCAGCCCACUCAGUGCUGCCUGAACAGCCAGACGGACAACCUGCGGCAGCCACUGGCCGUGCUGGAGGAGCCCAUCAUUGUGGAAGUGACCUUCAGGAACCCUCUGAAGGUCUCUCUGGCUCUGUCUGAACUCUCACUCCUCUGGAGGUUCAGUUCCCACCUUUCGUCCUCGUCCCUAAGAGAGCCAGCAAGUGAACAGGUGACCGGAGAGGUCAUCAGCAAUGAAGAGACCCUGCUGACUCCAAAUGUACAAAAGGCUGAGGUUGUCACCACAGAAAUGAUCCAAGAGUUUCAUCUGAGUCCAGAAGAAACCAGAACGGCACGCCUGAAGCUGCUUCCACAUAGAACAGGUCAGCUAAGCAUUGUGGGAGUGACUUACAACCUGAGUUCAUCAUCGUUUGACACCACUGAAGAGCCUUACACCGUAGACCUGGUGGUUCGUGGCAGACAGGAUCUAAACAUCCAGGGCCCCAGACUCAACCAAACCAAAGAGGACAAGAUGUCUGUGCGCCAUGGCACGGAUCGACGUCUGGACCCCAUCAUAACUCCUCCGAUGCCCCUCAUGGAGGUGUUCUUCCUGCACUUCCCCUCCGCUCUUCUGUGCGGGGAGAUCCGCAAAGCCUACGUAGAGUUCUGCAACGUCAGCGCCGUUGCUCUGUGUGGCCUGCGGGUGGCGUCCACACACCCCCAUUUCUUCACCUUUGGUAGCAACAACCCAACACCCUCGACGCCGACCAGCCCGGCCUCAGCAGAACACAGCUCUGCCUAUAAAACUUUUGCUGCUACCGUCCAACCGGGCUCAGUGGUGUCUGAGGUUGAGGUUUGUGCACAGGACUUUAGCCAGCUGAGCGGUGUGAUAGAAAUCCCAAUAGAUGGUGGGACCCUGCAUCCGGGCCAGUCCGUUCAGCUGCCUUUAUGGCUGCGAGGACCUGACCACGAGGGAGUCCAUGAGAUCAACUUCUUGUUCUACUAUGAGAGCACAGAAAAAGGCCUCAAAGUCAGCCACCGGGUGUUGCGCCACACAGUCUUCAUCUGUGCCAGUCGGUCUCUGAGCGUUCAGGCCUCGGCGUGUCGCAGCGCCGCUCCACCUCAUCGGUCUUCAGACAGUAUGAGCUGUGAUGGAACGCUCGUCUUUGUAGACGUGGAGAACGUCAACACGAGUGAAGGAGGCGUCCGUGAGUUUCACAUUGUCCAGGUGUCCAGCAGCAGUCAGCGCUGGCGCCUUCAUAAGUACAUCAACCCCGACAAGGACAAAGACUGUAAGCUGAGCAGCAGAGAGAAAGCCAAGCUUUGCUUCAGAGCCACGCCAUGCACCCCCCUCCCAGCUUCCAUGGACACUGUGGAGAAAUACACAUUUGCAGAUCUGAAUCUGGGAAAUGAGCAGAUCAUCAGCUCCUCCACCCCCUGCAGAGACUUCUUCUUUCGCUGCUGCCGAGGCCUAGAGCUUCAGCAAGGGGAUAAGGUGUUAUCCAGGACGGGCUCCAGCAACAAAACCGCCUCUACGCCCCCCAACACCGGCCCCUCAGAUCCUGCAACUAUUGCUAGGAAGUGCAAUGAACUGGACCUAACCAUUAUUGUCAUCUGGAAGGCCUUUGUGGUGGAGGACAGCAAGCAACUGAUCCUGGAGGGCCAGCUUCAUGUGGCUCUGCAGACCAUCGGGAAAGAGGCCACGUCUCUGAUGCCCAAAGAGGAAGCUCAGGAGAUGGUGUUGCUCAAGUUCAAGUCAGAACUCCCCCCUCCUGUGGCCCUGCCCCCCCCAGAGCUGUCCCAGCUCAUCAAGACCAACCUGCACUACCCAGAAACCUUCUCCCAUGGCUUUCUCCAGGACAGUCUCUGCAUGGUUCCAGUGACCUUGAGUUUAUCCAACUGCUGCUCAGCUCCUAUUGAAGUUCUGAUUGACUUAAGACACAGAAGCAUCAGCUCUGAGUCUCAGGAGUUCCACAGCCUGUUUUCCUGGGUGGGCCAGAGUCAGUACAAGCUGCUGCUGCGGCCACACGAGGUGCUGAGCCUCGCUCUGCGGGCCUGCUUCUUCCGAGCGGGAGUCUACAACUUGAACACGGCCCGAGUUUUUGCUAAGCCAGCCCAGCUGAGCAGCAUGAGCGAGUCCAACCAGCAAGCAGCAAGUCCUGCUCUGAUCAUCAUCAACAGCACUUGAGGAGCUGCAGAAACAUUCCACCCAGAGGCUACUGGACCACAACCGGACUGCAGUCUGUCUGCUCAUCUUUGGAACAAAUGACUUUAUUAUGACAGGAUGUAAUGAUGAAGGAUUACCAACCACAACCUUCUUGGAUCGCACUAGUUCAUUGCUUCUGAACAGAACCUCAGAUUGUUUAGUUGAGAUCUAAAGUGUAAUUACUGGAUGUAUCCAAAUAAACUGAAACUAUGAAGUCACA